CCCGCACAGGUUUCUCUUUGGCCAGUCGCGCGUGGGCUGAGGUCUUCGGCGGGCGUUGCGAAGCGUUGAUUACUUGAGCUCCGACCCUGCGACGGUCAGGGGUCCCCUCCUUGGGAGGUGGAGGGGGGGGCUCACCCCCUACUUAGGGUGAAUGAACUGUCCCGUGAGCUGCUAAGGACAGGCUGGGGAGCACAGGGACCGCGGCCAUGAAUUCACCCGUGGACCCCAGCGCUAGGCAGGCGUUGAAGAAGAAGCCGCCCGAGCGGACCCCUGAGGACUUAAAUACAAUUUAUUCUUAUCUACAUGGAAUGGAAAUAUUAUCAAAUCUCAGGGAGCAUCAGCUUAGAUUGAUGUCUGCAAGAGCACGCUAUGAGAGAUACAGUGGCAAUCAGAUUCUUUUUUGUUCAGAAACUAUUGCCAGAUGUUGGUAUAUCCUGCUUUCUGGAUCUGUGCUUGUGAAAGACUCCAUGGUUUUACCUCCUUGCAGUUUUGGUAAGCAGUUUGGAGGAAAAAGAGGAUGUGAUUGUCUUGUAUUAGAGCCUUCAGAAAUGAUUGUGGUAGAGAAUUCCAAAGAUAAUGAAGAUAGUAUUAUACAAAGAGAAAUUCCUGCCAGACAGUCUCGAAGAAGAUUUCGGAAAAUUAACUAUAAAGGAGAGCGCCAAACCAUUACUGAUGAUGUGGACAUUAACAACUAUCUUUCUCUUCCAGCUGAUCUUACCAAGAUGCACCUUACAGACAACCCUCAUCCACAGGUGACUCAUGUAUCUUCUAGUCAGUCUGGUUGUAGCAUUGCCAGUGACUCUGGGAGCAGCAGUUUAUCUGAUAUCUAUCAGGCUACAGAGAGUGAGGUAGGAGAUGUAGAUUUAACACGUCUUCCAGAAGGACCUGUUGAUUCUGAGGAUGAUGAAGAGGAAGAUGAAGAGAUUGAUAGAACAGAUCCAUUGCAGGGACGAGAUCUUGUUCGAGAAUGUCUUGAAAAAGAGCCUGCAGACAAAACUGAUGAUGACGUUGAACAAUUACUGGAGUUUAUGCAUCAGCUCCCUGCUUUCACUAACAUGACCAUGUCUGUAAGGAGAGAGCUCUGUUCUGUGAUGAUUUUUGAAGUGGUAGAGCAGGCUGGAGCUAUUAUUCUUGAAGAUGGGCAAGAGCUUGACUCAUGGUAUGUUAUUUUAAAUGGCACUGUAGAAAUCAGUCAUCCAGAUGGAAAAAUUGAAAAUUUGUUUAUGGGAAAUAGUUUUGGAAUUACUCCCACUCUGGAUAAGCAGUACAUGCAUGGAAUUGUCAGGACUAAAGUAGAUGAUUGUCAGUUUGUCUGUAUAGCCCAGCAGGAUUAUUGGAGAAUUUUAAAUCAUGUGGAAAAAAAUACUCAUAAAGUUGAGGAAGAGGGAGAAAUUGUUAUGGUGCAUGAGCAUCGUGAACUAGACCGGAGUGGAACCAGAAAAGGACACAUUGUAAUCAAGGCAACACCUGAGCGUCUCAUCAUGCAUUUAGUAGAGGAGCAUUCCAUUGUGGAUCCAACUUACAUAGAAGAUUUUCUACUAACUUAUAGGACAUUUCUUGAAAGUCCUUUGGAUGUUGGGAUCAAACUGUUGGAGUGGUUUAAGAUUGACAGCUUGAGAGAUAAGGUGACACGGAUUGUGUUAUUAUGGGUAAAUAACCAUUUUAAUGAUUUUGAAGGCGAUCCUGCUAUGACUCAAUUUCUAGAGGAAUUUGAAAAAAACCUGGAAGAUACAAAAAUGAAUGGUCACCUCCGAUUAUUGAAUAUUGCCUGUGCUGCAAAGGCUAAGUGGAGACAGGUUGUGCUGCAAAAGGCUUCCCGUGAGUCUCCUCUGCAUUUCAGCCUCAGUGGAGGAAGUGAUAAGGGAUUUGGUAUUUUUGUUGAAGGAGUAGAACCUGGUAGCAAAGCUGCUGAUUCAGGACUGAAACGUGGUGAUCAGAUAAUGGAAGUAAAUGGACAAAACUUUGAGAAUAUUACAUUUGUGAAGGCCCUUGAAAUUUUGAGGAAUAAUACUCAUCUUGCACUUACUGUAAAGACCAACAUUUUUGUGUUCAAAGAGUUACUUAGUAGGACUGAACAAGAGAAAUCUGGUGUUCCUCAUAUUCCCAAAAUUGCUGAAAAAAAAAGUAAUCGCCAUUCUAUCCAGGAUGUACCAGGAGAUAUUGAACAGACAUCACAGGAGAAAGGAAAUAAGAAAGUUAAAGCAAAUACUGUCUCAGGUGGAAGAAACAAAAUCAGGAAAAUUUUGGAUAGAACACGAUUUAGUAUCUUGCCUCCAAAACUAUUUAGUGAUGGAGGCCCAAGCCAAUCACAAGAUGACAGCAUUGUGGGAACGAGGCACUGUAGGCACAGUGUGGCUAUAAUGCCUAUUCCUGGAACACUCUCAUCUAGCAGUCCCGAUCUUCUGCAGCCUACUACCAGCAUGCUAGAUUUUUCCAAUCCUUCAGAUAUUCCUGAUCAAGUUAUAAGAGUUUUCAAAGCAGAUCAACAAAGUUGCUACAUUAUCAUCAGUAAAGAUACUACAGCUAAAGAAGUAGUUUGUCAUGCUGUUCAUGAAUUUGGUUUGACUGGCGCAUCUGACACAUAUUCUCUCUGUGAAGUUUCUGUUACUCCUGAGGGUGUAAUAAAACAGAGAAGACUUCCAGAUCAAUUCUCCAAGUUAGCUGAUAGAAUUCAACUUAAUGGAAGGUAUUAUUUAAAAAAUAACAUGGAGACAGAAACCUUAUGUUCAGAUGAAGAUGCUCAAGAACUAGUUAAGGAAAGCCAACUAUCCCUGUUGCAGCUCAGUACCAUUGAGGUGGCCACCCAGCUGUCAAUGAGGGAUUUUGAUUUGUUUCGUAAUAUUGAGCCUACUGAAUACAUUGAUGACCUUUUUAAGAUAGAUUCCAAAACAGGAAAUACUCACUUAAAAGAGUUUGCAGAUGUUGUAAACCAAGAAACAUUCUGGGUUGCCUCAGAGAUUUUAACUGAACCAAAUCAGCUCAAACGAAUGAAGAUAAUUAAGCAUUUUAUUAAAAUCGCACUUCAUUGUCGAGAAUGUAAGAACUUCAAUUCCAUGUUUGCAAUAAUAAGUGGCUUGAACCUAGCACCUGUAGCACGACUCAGAGGUACGUGGGAAAAAUUACCAAGCAAAUAUGAGAAACAUCUCCAAGAUCUACAAGACCUUUUUGAUCCAUCUAGAAACAUGGCAAAGUAUAGAAAUAUUCUUAGUAGUCAAAGCAUGCAGCCUCCAAUUAUUCCACUCUUUCCCGUUGUCAAGAAAGAUAUGACAUUUCUACAUGAAGGAAAUGACUCCAAAGUAGAUGGUUUAGUAAACUUUGAGAAGCUAAGGAUGAUUUCCAAGGAAAUUCGCCAAGUUGUUCGAAUGACUUCUGCUAACAUGGACCCAGCUAUGAUGUUCCGGCAGAGGAAGAAGAGGUGGCGGAGUCUGGGGUCAUUGAGCCAAGGCAGCACAAAUUCAAACAUGCUGGAUGUUCAGGGAGGUGCUCACAAAAAAAGGGCACGCCGCAGCUCUCUGCUUAAUGCCAAGAAGUUAUAUGAGGAUGCCCAAAUGGCAAGGAAAGUAAAGCAGUAUCUUUCCAGUUUGGAUGUAGAGACAGAUGAGGAGAAGUUUCAGAUGAUGUCACUGCAGUGGGAGCCUGCAUAUGGUACCUUGACCAAGAAUUUAAGUGAGAAAAGAUCAGCCAAAUCAUCUGAAAUGUCUCCAGUACCUAUGAGGUCAGCUGGCCAAACAACUAAAGUCCACUUGCAUCAGCCCCACAGAGUAAGCCAGGUGCUUCAGGUGCCAGCUGUUAAUUUGCACCCCAUCAAGAAGAAGGGACAAGCAAAAGACCCUGCACUGAGUACAAGUUUACCUCAGAAAGUUUUAGAAACAACUGAAGAAGUAAACAACAAGAGACACAUAGACGACACCAUUUCUGUGGCAUCAUCUUUACAUUCCAGUCCUCCUGCAUCUCCUCAAGGUUCCCCUCGCAAAGGUUAUACACUCAUACCAUCAGCUAAAUCUGACAACUUAUCUGACUCCAGCCAUAGUGAGAUUUCUUCACGGUCCAGCAUUGUGAGCAAUUGUUCUGUUGACUCAAUGUCUGCAGCUCUACAGGAUGAACGGUGUUCUUCCCAAGUCCUGUCAGUCCCGGAAUCUACUGGCAUGCUGGAAAAGACUGAUUAUCCCUCAGGGAUAGGAGACCACAGUCAACAUGGCCCUGGGUGGACACUCUCAAAGCCAUCUCUAAUCAAGGGUUUAGCUGUCUCGUCUUCUAUGAGCAAUGAAGAGAUUUCUCAUGAGCAUAUCAUUAUAGAAGCAGCUGAUAGUGGUCGUGGAAGUUGGACUUCCUGUUCAAGCAGCUCCCAUGACAACUUCCAAAGCCUUCCAAAUCCAAAAAGCUGGGAUUUCUUGAAUUCUUACAGACAUACCCAUGUGGAUGACCCCAUUGCUGAAGUGGAGCCCACUGACUGUGAGCCCUAUUCCUGUCCUAAAGGCUGCUCUAGAACUUGUGGUCAGUGUAAAGGAAACCUAGAGACCAAUCAGUUGAGACAGAGUUGGGCCUCCUCCAGUUCUCUGUCUGACACAUAUGAACCAAACUAUGGGACAGUUAAACGGAGAGUAUUGGAGAACACCCCAGGUGAGGCAUCUGAGGGCACGUACCCCAAGGAUGCCACUGACCCAGUUUAUAAAACUAUCACUUCAAGUACAGAAAAGGGCUUGAUUGUGUACUGUGUCACCUCACCCAAGAAGGAUGAUAGGUAUAGGGAGCCACCUCCCACUCCUCCAGGAUAUAUGGGAAUUUCUUUAGCGGACCUAAAGGAAGGACCCCACCCGCACCUAAAACCUCCAGAUUAUAGCGUGGCAGUGCAGAGGUCAAAGAUGAUGCAUAAAAACCUCUCUAGACUACCACCAGCUUCUCUCAGUAGCAACCCUGUGACCUGUGUUCCAUCGAAGAUUCUAACUCAGCCUCAGAGGCAUAAUUUGCAGCCAUCCCAUCCUAAGCUAGCAGAUGUGACUGAUGCAGAUAGUGAAGCAGAUGAAAAUGAACAAGUUUCAGCAGUCUAACCUUGGGUGACUCAUUUGAAGAUUACUGAAAGCCAUGGAGGAGUGAUGAGAAGCACCUCAGGAUUCUGCAAGCCAUUGCCAGCAAACAGCUCACUGCUGCUACUAACCCAGAGGUCUCCUUACCUGUACUCUGAGCAAUGAUAGACCUAAUUCAUGCUUCCUUUUAUUUAAUUUCUACAGAUGAAUCAUUUCCUCAGCUGUGUGGAUGCUGUACCUGGAUAACAGUCUCCACUUUGCACACCAGAUUUGCCUUGAAACCAUAGUUACAGAAAAAGUUUAUACUCAGAGUCAUCCCCAUGUGUAUCACUAUAGCUUUUCCUUUAACAAGUUAUUUUAAAGAUAGUGGAAUUAUUAUUUCCAAGACAUAGCUUGGGCUAAAGGACAAAUUACAAAUGUCUGCCAAUAUCAAGGAUAUUCUCGUGUAUUUGAAAAGUAAUUUAUUAUUUGAAUUAUUGUGGUUUUGUUUGUAUUUGGGAGCCCUUGUUACUAAUGUUUUUGUUUGAAGUCAUAAAACUAUCUCUGGUCUGAUCAAGCAGAAGUCAUCGUUAGAGAGAUGAUAUGCUUGAUUUAUACAGAGAUAUUGCUUGAUCUGUAGCACCAGUGCAACGUGGGUCUCAGUUUGAGAGAAAUAGAAAGCCCUUUGAAGUUGAGGUGUUAGGAGCCGACCGGUCACGGUGUGGAAGGCCAGAUGAAGCUGCGACAAGGUUUCUUGUUAUCUAGGGGAGGAGGGGGUAGUUUGGGGAGGGUGGGAGCCCUAAUUUCCAAAGAAUGAAAUUUUGAUGUUAAAUGACAUAUAUACACAUUUUUUCUGAAGUGAAAGUUAUGCUGCAUCUAAUUGUAACUAAAAGUAUAGAGCCACUAAGUAGAAAAGAGGGUUCUAAAGAGUUCUAUAGAAACCCAAAAUAAGAUUUCUUACAGUUCAAGUAUGGAGUACUUUUUUAAAAGGAAGUAUAAUCAUAGGUGUUGCAAUCAUGAAGAUGAAUUUGAGUUUAUGCAGUGUUCUGCAACAAACCACCCCACAUCUCAUAGCACCAGGCUGUGUCUGAUUUGAUAAACCCUGCAACUCUCAAUUGCCUGCAGUAAAAUUUUGUGGGAGAAAGAGGAGCUAGAAUUAUAGAAAUGGUUGUCUCUUGGUUUUCAAUUUAGCCCUUGAGAGAGCAUACCUUUCUGAUCUCAUGGACAUGACACUCUUAAGUAAUUAAAAUUUCGGUGUUCACUGGAUGAGGUAUAUUUUUCACAUUUUACAAAUUAAAUAUGUUUUCUGUAUAGUAAGUUUAAUUUUUUUUAAGUGUAAAGGCAAAUGAGAUGUUAAUAAACAUCUGUGAUUACCAAAAGAAAAAAAAAGCCAAAGCCAUUAAUGUGCACUCCCAGAUCAACUUGGGGCCAAAAUGGGUUUACUUCUGAAUAACUGUCCACAUGUGUCCAUGUAAGAUUUCAUUGGUUUGUGACUUCCUUUGUAGGAGUUUGUUCUCUUUCCCUGGCUGUCUCUUCCCUCUACUUGUUCUCUUCAUUUUAAGAUCAUAAAUCAGUCUCAGUUGAUAAAUGGUAGUUCAUCUUUCACAUCAAAAUGAUAAUCUCUUCAUUUUAGGAAAAAUUGCAUGUCUGAAAAACAUUAAUCUAAAAUGUAACUCUUAGAAAUUAAACCCAGGUCUGUUAAAUGAAACUUGGUGAAGCAUAGCUCUCUUGGUUCCUUGAAAUAGAAAGUAACCUGAAAUUCUGGUUUGAAAGUCACACUGUAGUGAUUUCGCCUUUGAACAGUAGUCCUCUGAUUAUAAAUUUUUUUCUUCAUCGAAUUAUAUAAUACCAUUUUUAUGUCCACAGCAAAACAAAAUGAAAGAUAUUUUUGCUGUACCCAUCUCUUUAUCAAGUUUGAGUAUCUCACCAUUUUGUAUCCUUUAUUCCAGAAAAAUAUGCCAUUUGCACAGUGUCUUUAUUUAGCAGGUCUUUGAAACCCAAUGGAAGCCUUACCUGUCAGCCUUCUUAAUGGUAUAAAUAAUAAUUUGAACAGAGAGUUAAGGCCUAUGGUUUUGGACUUGCACCAUGUAGCUGCCUUUUUUUGUUUCUUUUAAUCUAGCUUUGACUGUGAGUACUUGGAUCAGCUGAUCACAUUGAUCAGGAAGUAAAGCCAAUUGCUUUGUAGUUUGAUAUGUAUGUAUGUAUGUAUCCCUUAAAAAAAUGAGGUUUUGAUUUUUAUAUUUUAAUUUAAGGUACAUUCCUAUCUUCUCUUAGUUUGUCAUCUUACAGAACAAGAGAAGCUUUAACCUGUAUUUGCUCCAAUUCCAAAUUCCCAUUUGUUUUGGUUUUUAUUUUAUUAAUGUAUCAUUUUAAUGAAGAGACUUGUGUUCUUUCUUCUCACCACAACUUGAAAUCUGACAAGACUGUUGAAGCAGUAAACCCACAGUGCAAACUUUUGCCAAAUAGUAAGUUUUAACAAAAUCUCUUCAUAAUGAAACAUUUGGAUAGUUAGUAAAUCCAAUGCAUGCUUUCCUACAAGUUUAUUAUCAUUAAUAGAUUCUCACUUACUCCAGAUGAUAAUUUGCAAUGUGAUCUUUAGAAAACGCCUUUGGUGAAUUUUCACAAGGGUGAUAAGUCACAUCAUCAUCUCUAUCACCUCCAUGAGAAUCUUUCCCAGACUGAAAAUGUGAGGGUAGUCACAGGGCUUUCCAAGAACAAACCUAAUUUAUUAUAUGUGUUCUUUUCUCUACAAAAAAAGGGGAGAGAAAGUUUCCUUAAAACAGUGAUUGUUAAUUCUGAUAUAAUUUUAAGUUUCAAAAAACUGCAAUGUUAAAGUAUAUGUAUUCCUUUAUCAUUACGCUAAAGGCUAGAAUAAAGGGAUACAUCUUUAGAAAAGUGUCACAGUACACUUUGAAAUUUAAACUUGAACCCAGUUCAUCUUUAGCUUUUGUUGUGCAUUUUUAAGGCUUCCUUAUUUUUGAUACACAGAAAUGCAGUUGUACUUAUCUUUUAAAAUUGAAACGUGUAAGCUUAUCAGCAAAAGACAGAAACAAAACUGCACAGUUAUAAUAAUCAAAUAGCAAUUAUACUGCACAAUUCAUUGAUUGUAAGGUAUUCUAUAACAAGCAAUGUUUGUCUCCUAUUUUUUGAUACCUCUUAAACUUAUGUCUUUUAGAAAGACAGUGCCUCUGUAUGCUUUUUGUAUUUUUACUGAAUGUAAAUAUUUGUUAUAUUUUUGGUUAAGAGAAUGUAAAAGAACCAUUUAUUAUUAUCAUAUCUACUAAUACGUUGGUGGAAUCAAUAAAGAAUCUACAUUAA